AGGGAAAACAAUGAACACGUCAGUUGAUAGCGAAAGCAUAUCCUUUUGGGGGCAAAUAAUUGCGCCCCGAUUAACAUACUUGUACAAGGAAAGAGCUAGUCCACUCCGUGUGCGUGUCACCAACUGGGACCGAGCUUUUAAACAAAACAAAGGCGCACCAAACUACACCGGGAAUCCCCUGGAAAAAUCCCCCUUGAAAUACCUCCCUCCCGGAUGACUCUCCGAAGACCAUAAAACAUGAGUGGAGAACACAACCUCUCGCUGUCUGUCCCUCUCACACUGAAUCGUGAUGGACGCUAGCAGCAACGGCAACAACACAGGCGUCAAGCAGCUCUCUGCUGCUGCUGCUGCCACACCCCUGCUCCAGCAGCCACCGGCUCCUGUGCUCAGGGGACGGGCCGUGCGCGGCGCGCUGCUGCUGGGCGCGAACUACGCGGCGCUGUUCGGGGGUUCGCUGUCGUCCAGCCUGCUCUCCCGGUUCUACUUCGCGCACGGCGGCGCGGACCGGUGGCUGGCGACGCUCGUCCAGUCCGCCGGCUUCCCCGCGCUCCUGCUGCUCCUUCUGUUCACGGCCAGGGCCAGGCCGUUCAGCGGGUUCACGCCGCGGCUGGUCCUCUGCUGCGUGCUGCUGGGCCUGGUGAUGGGCCUCAACAACCUGCUCUACUCGUGCGGCACCUCCUACCUGCCCGUGUCCACCACGUCGCUGCUCCUCUCCAUGCAGCUCGCCUUCACGCUGGCCCUCGCCGCGGCCCUCGUCCGGGCGCCGCUCUCCUUCGCCAACGUCAACGCCGUCGUGCUCCUCACCCUCUCCUCCCUCCUCCUCGCGCUCCGCCACCACGGCAUUGCCGAUGAACCAACAACAAGAAGCACCCGCGGCGGCCAGGACUACAUGGUGGGCGUGGCGGCCACUCUGGGCGCCGCGCUGCUCUUCGCGCUCUACCUGCCGGCCGCCGAGCUCGUGUACCGGCGCGGCGGGGUGACGGGCUUCCGCAUGGUGGUGGAGGCGCAGGUGAUCAUGGAGGCCGUCGCCACGGCUGCCGUGGCCGUUGGAGCCGCCGGCACGGGAGGCGAGUGGCCGUGGAGCGGCGGCUUCGUCGUGGAGGCGACGUGGGAGCUGUCCCCGGGGGCCUACUACGCGGUGGUCGGCGCGGCGGUGCUCAGCUGGCAGCUGUGCUUCCUGGGCACGGCGGGGACCGUGUUCCUCACCACGUCCUUGCACGGCGGCAUCUGCAUGACGGCGCUGCUCGCGGUCAACGUGGCCGCCGGGGUGCUGCUGUUUGGAGACGACUUCGGCCCGGAGAAGGCCGUCGCCAUGGUGCUCUGCCUCUGGGCCUUCUCGUCCUACGUUUAUGGGGAGUACAAGAAAGGGGGGGACAAGCAGACGACGGUGGUGGGGUACGCAGUGGACCAUGGGGUUCUUGAUGUGGUUUAAGUUUUGCUUGUUGUUAACUCUCUUGAUUAGUCGUGUCUUUUUGUUUAACAGGAUGAUCCUCUUAGUCAUGUUUAACGCUGCGUAUUGUAAGCAUUGCACAUAUCAGUAUGUAUGUGAAGGCUUGUUAUUUGACUAAGCCUCUCGUCAUUUGCUCCCUUGUGUAAUACGAACAUAAUUUUGUUCCAUUUUUUUCGACAUGGGGAGAAAAUAUUUUCCAUAUUUUGGUA